CACAAUUCAUCUCACAAAUCAAACCAACCUUUUUCUCUCGCGUGUCGCUUCUCUCUCACCAAACUCGUUCGUUCUCUCGUUGUGAAUGGUAGAAACCCUAAGCGAUUUUGAUUUCAUGCGCUCUCGUUUUCCAUUGAGAGCGAGCGCUAUUCUCCUCCCAGUUUCUGCUUCAUCUGCUUUUUCUUUCGCCUCCUGCAAACAAGGUUGGUACUACCGCUGCCUUGGCGUCGACCCCUGAGAAACUUUCCCCGAUCCACAAUUUUGUUUUCUCUUUCUUUUUUCUUGUGUUUCGUUCUUUGAUUUCUUCCAUUUCUUCGGAUCGGUGUGAAUUGGCUUUUGUUGAUUGAAAAGAUGUUGAUGAGUAAGAAGAAAAACCAGAACGCCAAUGCCAAGAGGCUGUUGAUUAGUAUCAAUGUGUUCGGAAGCGCCGGACCGAUCCGGUUUGUUGUCAAGGAGGAGGAGCUUGUUGCGGCGGUUAUCGAUACUGCUCUCAAGUCCUAUGCUCGCGAAGGAAGACUUCCGGUUCUCGGAGGAGAUAUCAGAACUUUCGCUCUUUAUUGUCCUCUCGUUGGAUCUGAUGCGUUGAGUCCAUGGGACACAAUUGGAUCAGUUGGAGCUAGAAAUUUCAUGCUAUGCAAGAAGCCACAGCCACAAGGAUCUACUACUACUGGAGAUGAAGGUGGCAAUGGGACUCAAGUGGUUUCACGGAGCAAAAGUGGAAGUUGGAAGGCUUGGUUUAACAAGUCUUUGAAUUUGAAGAUUUCUAUCCAUUGAUCAAUUUCAAGUUUUAAUAUGUGUGCCAGCAUUGAAUAACUUAUGAUCAUGUAUUUUGUGGUUAAAAAGGGGUGCCACAUUUAUUUCAUGUUUCGGUUUCUGUUCUAUGUUCUAGUUGUUAGCAGAGAAAUAGUUCUGUUUUUAGGAGAUUACUCAGAUGUGGAUUCCAGCUUUCAUCAAUAAAAAUUGAAAAUUUUGUUUCA